AACAGAAAUCCACACUUUCUGCUAUCCCGAUCAUGCCAGGUCGUCUUGAAGGAAAGGUUGCCAUCGUAACUGGAGGUGCAGGUGGAUUUGGAAAGGGGAUUGCACAGAAGUUUAAAGAUGAAGGAGCCAAAGUGGUGAUCGCUGAUUUCGUCGAGGACGCUGGCAAAAAAACCGCGGAAGAGGUUGGAUGCGAGUUUCACCGAACAGACGUCACGAAGCGAGAGGACUGGGAAUGUAUCAAGAAAUUCGUGGAUGAGAAGUUUGGGAAAUUGGAUUUGGUCAUCAAUAACGCUGGAACGACGUAUCGCAACAAGCCCACCGCCGAAGUCACCGACGAAGACUACGACAAAGUCUUCGCCGUCAACGUCAAAUCCGUCUACCUCUCCACAAACGUGCUGGUACCCUACAUCCAAUCCAAAGGCAACGGCGGCUGUUUCAUCACCAUCGCUUCCACGGCCGGAAUCCGACCUCGACCGGGUCUGACGUGGUACAAUUCUUCCAAAGCGGCGGUCAUCAAUGCUUCCAGGACUCUGGCGGUGGAGUAUGCCAAGGACAAAAUUCGGUUUAAUACUGCGUGCCCCGUCGUCGGGUUGGGUACUGGUCUGACGGAUUUCUUUUUGGGGAAGCCGGAGAAUCAGGCUGCGUUCCUCGCUACUGUGCCGUUGGGACGGGGCUCGACUCCCCGGGAUGUGGCUAAUACUUGUUGCUUUUUGUGUAGUGAUGAGGCGGAUUUUUUGACGGGCGUGGAUGUUCCGGUUGAUGGGGGACGCUGUGUUUGAGGGUUUGGCGAGACUACUGUGGAAUUCGGUGGUUCUUCAGACUAAUGGCCAAGCCUACGCUCAAAGCUGCAAUGCUUGCAUGAUAACUUUCGCUGAUCUUG